AUGAGUCUGCAGAUCUUCAAUGACGAAAAUGUCACCAGUGAAAAAAAUGCAGAAAACCGUGACUUCCUGUUUUCACCACCAGAACUUAGCGGAAGAUCAUCUGUUCUUCGUCUGUCACAAAAAGACAACGUGCUGCCCAAGAACCAGGCCAAAACUGCAAAGGUGACUUUUCAGACACCUUUGCGGGACCCACAGACGCACAGGAUCUUAAGUCCUAGCAUGACCGGCAAACUUGAGACACAUUUUGCUCUGGAUGACGAUGUAGGAAUAGAAAACUAUCACUACGUCCAGUCACAAAAGGAGAACCUACAGUUUACCAAGGAAGUGGAUACCAAUACUACCUAUGGAAUCCUCCAGAAACAAGCAGUGGCCAAUGCUGACCCUCCUCCAGGAAACAUAAACUCGGCCUUUGAAGAUGAUGGCUCCAGCAAGCCUGGCUUGGCCCUCCUGGCCCACGCAAGUUCCUCAGGUUCUUUCCAGAGCCCAGAAAAUCCUAAAAACUGGGUGACAUCUCCAGGACAAUUGUCUGGCAGCCCUGGUCAAGCAUCGAAGGAAAACAUUAGUUCUUAUUCCUUGGAUAAAAACAUGACAUCUACCUCUGAGAUCCUAGAAAACCCUCCCAAGACAGUGUACCAACACAAGGCAGAGACUCCUCCGAGAGCUCUGGAAGAAAGCUUGCACUACACUGCUUUGACCAUGGCUGCUUCACCUCUUGGUAUAAGCCCUGAAGAGCCACACAGAGGAAUGCCCCCCACAGAUGUAGCUGUCGAGCCCCUGGCCUGCCCUGAGGUCAUGGGUGGCCCUGAGGUCAUGGGUGCCCCUGAGCCAACAGCCAGUGCCCAGCCCCCUUCCCAAGUCUGCUUAUCUGGUUCUGAGAACUCAACCCCAGCCAGCCCUCUGCAGGCUGGUGGAAUUGUGAACCCAAGUCCUCAGGAAGAAGAAGCCUCUGACCAAAUGGCUGUUUCUUCAAGGUGUGACUUCAUAAGGCUAGAAUUUGACUUCUCGAAUGACACGACCAGCAAAAGGGUGCAUCCACCAAGGAGACUGGCAAAGAGAGCUGGUGCUCAUCCUCCCCUGAGGAGAUCAGAGGCAAGGCAGGAGCAGGUCCCCAAGGAGGAAGAAGACAGAGAUGGGACCAGAAGGGAAGAUAAGUACCUCCAGCCUGCUUCCCAGGGCUCUUACCACCUUGACUGGGACAAACUGGAUGACCCAAACUCUACUCCCUUUGGAGGUGACUCCAAGUCUGAUGACAAAGAGGCCCAACCCCCAGAAAGCCCCAAGAUUGGAUUUGCACAUCCUGCAUCUGAGCAGCUGAGUGCUGGGCCUGUGGCCACUGAGAACUUCCCUCCAAACCAGCAGCUGUGUUUAGCCCCAGCAGAUGAUACACCUGUCAUGCAGAUGGCAGCCAAGACACCAGGAGCAGAAGACAAGGAGGGAACCUUGAAUUUCUCAGGCAUUUCAUCUACCACAAGCUGUCCGGACAGUGUGCUGACUGCCCCUCCUGCUGAUCUGGUGCCUGUGCCUGCUCAGCAGGGUCCAGAGCCUGCCUUGGAUCUGAAGGAGGAGAGCUUCAGAGACCCAGCUGAGGUUCUAGGCACCUGUGCUGAGGUGGAUUAUCUGGAGCAGUUCGGAACAUCCUCGUUUAAGGAGUCGGCCUGGAGGAAACAGUCCUUAUACCUGAAAUUCGACCCCCUUCUGAAAGAGAGCCCUCUGCGGCCAGUGCCCAUGGUCCCAGAAACAAACAGGAGCCCACAGGAUGCAGAGAAAGAGAAACCUGCCUCAGGAAACCCUCUGGAAGCCAAGCUUGUAGAGUUUGAUUUCUUGGGUGCUCUGGAUGUUCCUGUGUCAGGCCUACCCCCUUGUAUCCUUGAGCCUGGAGGUCUCCUGCCUGCUGGGCCAAUUGUGGAUGUGCUGCAGUACAGCCAGAGGGACCUGGAUGCAGCGGUAAAUGCAGUACAGCAGGAAAACCUGGAGCUGAAGAGCAAGUGUGAGGAACUCCAUACAAAAUACCUGGAGAUGGGGAAGAUCGUGGACGGAUUUGAGGGGGUUGUGUACCAGUCGAUGGAGGAGGCUCAGAAACAGAAGGAUCUUGCCCAAGCCAAAAUCCAGAAGGUUCUAAAAGAGAGAGACCAACUUACUGUGGACCUGAACUCCAUGGAGAAGUCCUUCUCUGACCUCUUCAAGAGGUUUGAGAAACAGAAGGAGGUGAUUGAAGGCUACCGCAAGAAUGAAGACUCAUUGAAGAAGUGCGUGGAGGAGUACAUAGUGAGGAUAGAAAAGGAGGGUCAGAGGUACCAGGCCCUGAAGGCCCAUGCAGAGGAGAAGCUCAAGCUGGCAAAUGACGAGAUCGCCCAGGUGCGCAGCAAGGCUCAUGCAGAGACCUUGGCCUUCCAGGCAAGCCUAAGGAAGGCACAGAUGCAGAUUCAAUCACUGGAGAAGACCGUGGAGCAGAAGACUAAAGAAAACGAUGAGCUGUCCAGGAUCUGUGAUGACCUCAUCUCCAAGAUGGAGAAGAUCUGAUGAGAGCCACCACCUCUGCCAGCCUUUUCCUGUCUGUCUGUCCAUUCACCCGUCUUGUCUGACUUGUCUUACUUUUGUGUACUUCUCUUGUAACCUUAACUCAUUUUUUAAAUAGAUGCUUUUAAAAAGAAG